AUGAUUAGAUCAGUUCGUCCAUUGGCAAAUGCUUCCACCAGAAUUGCUAAAAGAAGUUUAGCUACUGCUAAUUCUGAUUUAAUUGCCAUUGAAUUACCUCCAAGUUCAUUCGAAGGGUAUAAUUUAGAAGUUCCUGAAUUAAAUUUCGAAACUGAAAAGGAAACUUUAUUAAAAAUGUAUAAAGAUAUGAUUAUUAUUAGAAGAAUGGAAAUGGCUGCUGAUGCGUUAUAUAAAGCUAAGAAAAUUAGAGGUUUUUGUCAUUUAUCAGUUGGUCAAGAAGCUAUUGCAGUUGGGAUUGAAAAUGCCAUUACUGCUGAAGAUACCGUCAUUACUUCUUAUAGAUGUCAUGGUUUUGCCUUUAUGAGAGGUGCUUCUGUUAAAGAAGUUUUAGGAGAAUUAAUGGGUAAAAGAUCAGGAGUUUCUUAUGGUAAAGGUGGUUCCAUGCAUAUGUUUGCUCCUGGUUUCUAUGGUGGUAAUGGUAUUGUGGGAGCUCAAGUUCCUUUAGGAGCUGGUUUAGCUUUCUCUCAUAAAUAUAGAGGUCAAAAAGCUGCUGCCUUCACUUUAUAUGGUGAUGGUGCUUCAAAUCAAGGUCAAGUAUUUGAAUCUUAUAAUAUGGCUAAAUUAUGGAAUUUACCAUGUAUUUUUGCUUGUGAAAAUAAUAAAUAUGGUAUGGGUACUGCCGCUUCAAGAUCUUCUGCUCUUGUUGAAUAUCAUAAAAGAGGUCAAUAUAUUCCAGGUUUAAAAGUUAAUGGUAUGGAUGUUUUAGCUACUUAUCAAGCUUCUAAAUUUGCUAAAGAUUGGGCUGCUCAAGGUAAUGGUCCAUUAGUAUUAGAAUAUGAAACUUAUAGAUAUGGUGGUCAUUCUAUGUCUGAUCCAGGUACUACUUAUAGAACCAGAGAAGAAGUUCAACAUAUGAGAUCAAGAAAUGAUCCAAUUGCUGGUUUAAAAGCAACUUUAUUAGAUAAAGGAAUUGCUACUGAAGAUGAAAUUAAAGCUUAUGAUAAAGCUGCUAGAAAAUAUGUUGAUGAACAAGUUGCUGCUGCUGAAGCUGAUUCUCCACCAGAAGCUAAGAUGGAUAUCUUAUUUGAAGAUGUUUAUGUUCCAGGUUCUGAAAUUCCUGUUUUAAGAGGUAGAAUUUCUGAUGAUUCUUGGGAUUUUAAAAAUAAGACUUUCUUAAACAAAGUCUAUUAA